CCAUUUUUGAGUGGUUUGUAUUACAGUGCUGAUGUUCAGAGUUCGUGUUUUUCUCGUUUUUUGAUAGCGCGGGAGCUUUAGACUUGAGUACCUACCUACAUCACAAUACUUCUAAUUAUCAAAUAUCACUUCCGAUUCGCUGUAGAAAUCAGAAUCAUCAGAUUCAGCAACUAUGUUAUAUGGAUCUUCAGUUACCUUAUCAAAAUCCAUAAAACUUUCUUCACCAGACCAGGGUCUCGUACGGACAAAGAUGAAACCGAAGAUGACCUUGAUUUCUCCACUUCAUUCCUAGUCUUACCUAUAAGUUCAAAGCUAUGUAAGGUCAUCGUGUUCGAUGCAUUUGAACCUCGACGACAAUACAUUUGUACAUUGUAGUAAGUAGUUGAUUGUAGCGACAUAAAAAGUGCAUGCAAACGAUAAUGCGAAACUAAAAUCACUUUAUGUGUACCUACACUACACAGAUAGUCGUGCUUCGUUAAAAUGAUAGUGCACGCAUUGAUUGUGUGUAUACAUUGUGAAAAUGUUAAUAAAAUCUUAUGUGCUGUAGUAUGGGUAAUCACUUUUGGAAUGGUGUCUGUGUCCUUUUAAGAAAAAUCAAACGACCCCGACAAGUGGAAUUUUGACGAAUCCGAUUUGUAGCUGAUCAAUAUGGAAGAUCCCCAACUGGUAUUCUCAUGGAUAGACUAUACCGUUUUCAUUGUUGUGGUCUUCUUCAGUGCCGCAAUCGGAAUAUAUUUUGGAGUCUUUGCCAAAAGAAAACUGACCACCGGCGAAUAUCUCCUCGGCGGUCAAACUAUGAACUAUUUGCCAGUAGCAUUCUCGCUAAUAUCCAGCCACAUAUCUGGAGUUACAGUGCUGGCAGUACCUGUUGACGUGUACAAGUUUGGCUCCAACUACAUCUGGUUAUGUCUGACGAUAAUACUGGUCUGCAUUCUUACCUACUAUGUCUACUUACCCGUCUUUUUCGAACUGAGACUGACAAGUAUGUACGAAUACCUAUCGAUUCGUUUCGAUCGCAAAAUCAGAAUGUUGGCGUCUUUUCUAUGCAUUUUGUUCGCCGCAUUUCAUAAUCCGAUCGCCCUGUAUUUGCCAGUGAUUGCGUUUACACAGGUAACAACUUUCAACACGCAUCUCGUGCUGUAUGUAGUUGGUUUGGUUUGCGUGCUUUACACCGCAAUUGGCGGCAUUAAGGCGGUUAUCUGGAGCGACGCUCUUCAGUUUUUCGGAAUCGUUGUGUCUAGCCUUGUGGUUUUAUGCUUUGGAAUAAAAUCUUCUGGAGGUUUCGAAACGCUUUGGAAGGCAAAUAAUGAAACCGGUCGCUUCGACAUAUUUGAUUUCAGUAUUGAUCCUACAAUAAGAGAUGGUUUUUGGCAACUAGUAAUCGGCGGUACAGUCCAGUGGUUAUCCAUUCUGUGUCUCAGUCAGCAGUCCAUGCAGAAGUACUUGUCCGUUCCAACAAUCGUGUGUGCUACAAAAGUAAUAAUCUUUGAAUGUAUUGGGGUUGUUGCGCUGAAAGCUAUGAGCGUCUUUUUGGGCAACGCCAUGUAUGCUAGAUUUGCGGACUGUGAUCCAUUGCAAACGAACCACGUACAGCGAGAUGAUCAGUUGGUUCCGUAUUUUGUUUUACAAACAGCACGUCACAUUUCGGGAUUACCAGGAUUGUUCACUGCAGGGAUCCUUAGUGCAUGCCUAAGCUCUUUUUCAUCAUCUCUAAAUAGCGUAGCUUGUAUUAUCUACGAAGACUUGUUACUUCCGUUCCUGCCCAAAGACAUGACGGAUCAAAGAGCGAGCAACAUUUUGAAGAGUAUCGUCGUUAUGUUUGGUAUUCUUUGCAUUCUACUGGUCUACUUGAUAGAAAACGUCAACGGUAUAUUUCCUUUAUCCAAUGUCCUACAGGCGGUCACCUGCGGUCCGAUUAUGGGUUUGUUUACUUUAGGGAUGCUAUUCCCGAGCGCAAACGCCGAAGGAGCGCUAGCUGGUGGAAUCGCCGGACUUGCAUUUGCGUGUUGGGUAGUAAUCGGAACGAACUGGUAUAGAAUGUCGGGAUUACUACGAGACCCCAAGAAACCGAUGUCGCUUAGUGGAUGCCAAUUCAAUAGCACUGCCAUAGUCACACCAUCUCCAACGUCUGACCAGAUUUUUUACUUAUAUCGUAUUUCCAUGUGGUACAACAGCCUCAUGAGCGCAAUUAUUGUAAUUGUGUUUGGACUUCUGAUAAGUUGGUUGACGGGGAGGAAAAACAAACCAAUUAGAACCGAGCUGUUGAGUCCAUUAGUUCGUAGUUUGAUCAAGGGCGAGAAGAAAACAGAGCUCGAUGAGGAGCGGAAACUUCAAGAUGGCCAUUAGACUUGCUAGGACCCGUAGUGAUCAUAAUUUGGAGCACGUAUACAUAUUUCCAUCCACUCCCCCUCCAGCUUCACCUUUGUAUAGCAAAUUUAAAAUAAACUUUUGCUUCAGUAGCAUUACAGUUUAGAACACGCUAUGUAUGUAAAUACCCUGUAUCGGUUGAAAAUGAAUUUUAAGGAACAAUAAAUGAAUUAUGUCUGCUUAAAA